GAUUGCUUCGUUGUGUAUUGGAACGUUUUUAUUGUUUCAGUUCAGAGAUUUAUCUCGAUUUGGGUUGGUGGUGGUGGUGGUGAUGGCUCCAAAAUCAACAGAAAGGGCUCUCAACUCCCGAAAACAACAGAGACGGCUCCUGUUUCUAAGUAUUGCACGGACCUGCAAGAAUCUACGGAGUGAUCACAAGGACAGAGAUCCUCAGCGCAUGCCAGCCAACACCUACCUUGAGCAACAAGCUAAUGUACAUGCCCUGGCUGGUUUAAAGAUCGAAAACAGUACAGUGGAGAAAGCUCCCUCAGUAUCCAUUUCUGCUGGAGCGGUUUCUGGUGCCCCUCAUUGUGCUGAUACUUCAGAUAUGUUGAAACUCUGAGAGUACAGGCGAAAGCUUGUGUAAGCCUUGAUACUUUUUUUUUAAUGGUUACUUCAUGUGGGUGGAAUAAUUCUAACAGAUCCCAUUGAUCUAAUUCCUCCAUAUAUUCUAGUUUAAAUACGUUACAGCAAUAUAAACCAUGUCCGGCUGAUGAUGCAUCAAAGGCCAAGUAUAUGACUGUUGCUAGACGCUUAGAACAGAUGCUAUUUAAGAUGGCAAUCUCAAAGGAGGAGUACAUGAACCCGUCUACCCUUGAGUCUAGGAUUGCGAGCUUAAUAAAAGGCAAACAGUUGAAUAAUUACAAUAAGAGGCGUACUAAUUCUUCUUUGGUUGGAAAGAUGGCACCUACGACUACUGGAUUAUCACACGCUGGUGCUAGUGCUGGUUUAGGGCCUUCAGGUAACACUGUUGGUCCCAUGGAUCAUGAUGUCUUGGAACUUCGCGAGUACAUGCGAACCCUUGUCUUCAGCGAGUUACAUAAACACCAUCCAUGUCCAGCCGAUGAUGCAUCAAAGGCUAAGUAUUUACAUGUUUCUAGACGCUUAGAGGAGGGUAUCUAUCAAAUGGCAAACACAAAGGUAUUCUUAAAAUACUUAUUUGAUCGAUAUUUUCGGCAAUUAGCAACAUUGAUUUACUUAGGAAUGCCAAAACAAGAUAGGCUGACGCUUAUAAACAUAUGGUGUCUCAUGUCCUCACUUUAAAAGAUCUUUCUUUCAUAACUACAAAAUCUACAAGAGGAUUACCUAAACCCGUCGACCCUUACUUCUCGCUUGGCUUGCUUAAUAAGGGGCAAAAAAUUGAAUAACUACGUCCAGAUUCAGCAAAAUGCUAAUUCCUCUUCGCCUGGAACAAUGACUACACUCGCCCCUGAAGUUUUUGCUGAGACCACGAUGGUACGUACAUCAGAGACCUAGAUGAUAACUUCUCAUGAUAUUUAUUUAAAAGGAAGUUUACUAAAAUGACACAAAUUAGUUAUGUUAUUACUGACUCGUAUUUUUUGAAAUUUAUUAAAAUAUUUUUUUGGUCUAAAUUGCCCUUACACAUAGUUGUAACAAAAAAAAACAUCACCCAAAUGCCCUUAUUAUUUAAUCGACGACCGAUUUAUUUUCAAAAAAAUAAAUCUAUCGACCAAUAAGUCUGUUUAUAAAAUCUGUGUAAAAAAUAAAACUAUUAUUAAAGUGGUGGCAAAUUUUUUAGAAAACGUCAGAUUUGUUCACAUGGCAGAUUUAAUUGUCAGAUUUGAUUAAAAAACAGAUUUUUAAGAAUAUGUCUAUCAAAUAUGGUAUCAAAUUAUUUCUAAAUGGUAGAUUUAAGUGGUCAACUUAUUUUCUUCUGGGUAGAUUUACUUUUUGUGAUCGACUUAUUUUCUUAAGGCAGAUUUAUAUAGCCGAUUUAAAAUUGUUGACAGACUUUUUGUUUAUGAAGUGGCAGACUUUUUGUUUACGUGGUAACAGACUUUUUGUUUAUGUUGCGGCAGAUUUAUUAACGAAAAUCUGGGUUAUGUACAGCAAUUUCAGUUUCGACCCGGUUUACUAAUAAUUCCGAAUCUGGUUUAGUUUUUAGGUUAAUUAAACUCAGAAUUAGGGAAAAUUUUGUAGUUGUCGUCAUCUCUUUCAUCCCUCUUUUCUUCCUUUUCAAGUUGUUUCUUUUCAUGCUAUUUUAAACACUUGUUGCAAUCUUUAUUGCUUGGAGAAACAUGGAUCCCAUCAUUCUGGUCUGCGGAAAGUGGAAAUUUGAAAGAAAAAAUGGUUAUUUGAAGUGGAUAAUGAUCAAGGUAGUAAAUUACUUGCAGCUAACGAGGAAACUAGAUAUGAAGAUUUUGUGAAAACCAUAUAUGAGGAUUACGAAGUUGAUUUCGCAGAACACGAGUUGGAGCUGACGUACGUUUUGCCAAAACCUAAACUGGUCAAGGAAAACCUCGAUACCCCUCCUGUGAAAGUAAAAAACGAUAGGCAAUUUCAUGGAUUUUUGUGUCUUAACAAAGUCGAAAACGUUAGACUCUGUGUAGAGUUUAAACUGAAGAAAAAAGAAGUUGAAGCAGCUAGCAAAGAACCAGAAGAAUUCCUGCAAAAAGAUGACCCAUUGUCAGCUGAGGAUGAAGAUUCAGAUGAAGACAAUGAUCGAUUUGAUUACUGUAACGAUUCUGAUGGAGCAACGUCUGAUGACGAAAACUUUACCUCAUAUGGGUUUCCGCCAGACCAAGUACAAGAGAGUCAGAGAUCUCCUACAAAGAUAAGUUCAGCGACAGUCCUAAAGACACUAAAAGGAGAUUGUACGCAUAAUAGGUUCGACUUGAGCUCUUUCAAACUGGAAGUGGGGCAGAGUUUUGAUUCAAAAGAUGCAUUGGCUACACGUCUGAAGAUCUGUUCAGUCGUCCACAAAUUCGAUUUUGAUGUGGAUAAAUCUACCCGUACGUUGUGGUUUGUAAAAUGUUGGGUAAAAGGAUGUACGUGGAAGCUUAGAGCUACACCAGUAGGUGAAUCUUCAAGGUUCACAAUCCGAGUAUAUGUAGAUGAGCAUUCCUGCUCAGUAACAGAGCGUUCGUCUCGUUCUCGACAAGCUACUCCUGAAAUUCUUGGCCUCUUGUACAAAGACUAUAUUGGUGGGGAUGAUCGAACUAUUUUGCCACGUCAUGUUGAGAGUGCUAUGAACAUGAGCUUUGGAAUCAAGGUUUGUUGACUACGCUUUUUACAUUGAAUCUAAUGUCUUAUCUGACCUUACUUGUUUUUAACCUGGUUGCUGUUUAUUGUAUAUCGCAGAUGGAUUACUUGAAAUCUCAUCGUACACUUAUAGUUGCUAGAGAUCUCGUAAUGGGUUCAUCGGAGAAUGGAUAUGAGGAGUUACCUUCUUACCUGCACAAGAUUAGAAUGGCAAAUCCUGGGACCUUAGCUCGACUGGAAGUUGAUGCAAACAAUAGAUUUAAGUACUUAUUCCUUGCAUUCAGCGCUAGCAUUACUGGCUUCCCAUUUAUGAGAAAGGUUGUGGUGGUUGAUGGUACUUUCUUGCAAGGAAAAUACAAAGGAACGCUUCUCAUUGCAACAUCACAGGAUGGUAAUUUUCACAUAUUUUCGAUAGCAUUUGCUGUGGUUGACACAGAGAAUGAUGAAUCAUGGACAUGGUUCUUCCGUCAACUCAACCAUGUGAUACCCGAUAAUGAAGGAUUGGCAUUAAUUUCUGACAGGCACAAGUCAGUAAGGAAGGUAAUUUCAGUGGUCUAUCCAUUGGCUAGCACGGGAAUUUGCACGUACUACUUAUAUAAGAACAUCUUAUUACGGUACAGAGGACGUGAUCUGUUUGGUUUGGUCAAAAAAGCUGCGUACUCUUUUAGGUUAGCUGACUUUGAAGCAAGCUUCGAGACGAUUAAAGGGUUAAAUCCAGAUUUACAUGCAUAUUUGGAACGUGCUGAUGUGUGUAAGUGGGCUUGAGCGCAUUUUAGAGGUGAUAGAUAUAACAUCCUUACAAGUAACAUAGCUGAAUCCAUAAGCAGAACUUUGUCAGAUGUGAGAAGCUUGCCAAUUGUUAGCCUUUUAGAGUCUAUCCGAUUAAUGAUGUUUCAAUUUGUUGGUCGCAGCAGGUGAGAGAGAAGGUUCUUGAGAGCGGAGAUGAGUUGGAGACAGAGAUCGCAGAGAAUCUGAAGUCCAUUAGCCUCUACAGCUGAAUAUGAUCCGUAGGUUUUUCAUUACUUGUGUUACAAGAUAAGCAUAUAUGUUACACAUGCUUCGGAAUUCGCACUGUACGUACCAACGGUAAAUCGGGUUUCGAUUUGUUUCCGGUGUGAGCUUGGUAUACGAUUAUUUAAUUAGAACAGAAAAAGAAGUUGAUAAAGAUAAACAAAGCAAAGCUACAAGUAGAGAUGUCAAUUGGGCUGCCCAAGUUCAAAUGGAUUGUCCAGUUCAAAUGGACAUUAUUUUUUUAAGCCCAAAUUGUACCAGACCAAAUUGUCCAGACCAAAUUGGCCCAAGUCCAAAUGGGCAUUCCACAAAGCCCAAAUACAAUUUCUGCUUUAAUAUGCUAAAUCCAUAAAAAAACAUUUUUUUUUGUGAAACAUCCAUAAAAAACAUAAAUUUCAAGUUUUACACA